CCUCUCGCUGGACGGGCCCUCCCGCUGCAAUUCCCCCGUCGCCGCCGCUGAUUGCUCCAACCCGCCCAACCGCGACCGCGCACACAAAGAAACAAAGUCACCGCCUCCUGCCCGUCGCUCUCGCCGCGACACCCCCGACCAGCCAUGGCGGUCUCUAUGCUGCAUGCCCCCUCGCGGGCCUCGACGUCGUCCUCGUCGUCGUUUGUCCCCGUCUCGCGCCAGAACACAAUGUCGUCGCACGAUGGCUCGCGCUCGGUGCGCCAGUCGAAGCGCUACUCCGUCACAGCCCUGUACCUGUCCAUGUCCGCCAAAGACAAGGAGCUCGAGAUUGAAGAUGACCUGGCCCGAGCUCAGAAGAUACUCCGCGAACUCAAGGCCAAGAUCUCGUCGCAAUCCAAGAAGAACUUCGUCCUGGAAAAGGAUGUGCGCUAUCUCGACUCGCGAAUAGCCCUGCUGAUCCAGAACCGCAUGGCAUUGGAAGAGCAGAAUGAAGUCGCCGACCACUUGGGAGACGGCCUCGAACUCCAGGAAGGUUUCUUUCCCAACGACGAGAAGACGCAGAAGUACGGCAACCUGCUCUUCCUGCUUCAAUCCGAGCCACGCCAUAUUGCCCAUCUAUGCCGACUCGUCUCCAUGGCCGAGAUCGAUGCCUUGCUACAGACUGUCAUGUUCACAAUCUACGGAAACCAGUACGAGAGCCGCGAAGAACACUUGCUAUUGACCAUGUUCCAGUCUGUACUCACGUAUCAAUUCGACAACACCCCAGACUACAGCUCGCUCCUGCGUGCCAACACACCUGUCUCGCGCAUGAUGACCACAUAUACCCGCAGAGGACCCGGUCAGAGCUACCUCAAGGUCGUCUUGCAGGACAGGAUCAACUCGCUCAUCGAGCUGAAGGAUCUCGACCUUGAGAUUAACCCGCUCAAGGUAUACGAGAAGAUGGUUACUGAGCUCGAGAUCCAGGGAAACCUUCCCCCAAAUCUGCCCAAGGGCGUUACCGCAGAGCAGGCUGCCGAGAAUGAGACAGUACAGAGCAUCAUCACACCGCGAGUCAACAUGCUCAUGGAGAUUGCCAACAACUUCCUCACAACCAUCAUCAAAGGCCUCGAGGAGACGCCAUACGGCAUCCGAUGGAUAUGCAAGCAGAUUCGAAGUCUGUCGAGACGAAAGUACCCUGAUGCCCAGGACCAGACCAUAUGCACUCUCAUCGGAGGCUUCUUCUUCCUGCGCUUCAUCAACCCCGCCAUCGUUACACCAAGGUCAUACAUGCUCAUUGAUGUGCUGCCAGCAGAGAACCCCAAGCGGACACUAACGUAUAUCGCCAAGAUGCUGCAGAAUCUCGCAAACAAGCCGUCGUAUGCCAAGGAGCCAUACAUGGUCAAGCUGCAGCCGUUCAUCCACCAGAACAAGGAGCGAAUCAACAAGUUCCUGCUGGACCUGUGCGAGGUGCAAGACUUUUACGAUACUCUCGAGAUGGACAACUACGUUGCUUUGUCUAAGAAGGAUCUAGAGCUUUCUAUUACGCUGAACGAAGUGUAUGCGACGCACUCGCUAUUGGAGCGACAUGCGGCUGAACUAGCCAAAGAAGACAGUUCGCAUCUAGGUGUCAUUCUCAACGAGCUCGGCUCUGCGCCAGCACAGCUUCCCCGAAAGGAGAACAGAGCUAUCAAUCUCCCAUUGUUCAGCAAGUGGGAAACGCCACUUGACGACCUUACCGCAGCGCUCGACAUUACGCAAGAAGAGAUCUUCUUCAUGGAAGCCAAGUCAACAUUCGUCAUGAUCCUCCGCUCACUCCCUUCCAAUACGUCCAUCACGCGACGACCAUUGCGCCUCGAUAGGAUCGCGGAAGCAGCUGCCACGACCAAAAACGACUCUGUCAUGGUCAAGAAGGGUAUCCGUAGCAUGGAGCUGCUCAGCCAACUGCAAGACCUUGGCGUGAUUGACAAGGAAGACGGUUUCUCAUUGCUCCGCGACGAAGUCGAACAAGAGCUGGUGCACUUGGGCUCCAUGAAGGAAAAAGUCAUUGAAGAGACACGAAAGCUCGAGGAAGUGUUCCGCACCAUCCGCGACCACAAUGGCUUCCUAGUCAGCCAGCUUGAUACGUACAAGUCUUAUCUCCACAACGUCCGCAGUCAGUCGGAAGGCAAGACAAGGAAACAGCAAAAACACCAAGUCCUCGGACCCUACAAGUUCACCCACCAGCAGCUCGAGCGAGAAGGCGUGAUCCAGAAGAGCAAUGUCCCGGAGAAUAGGCGAGCCAACAUUUACUUCAACUUCACAAGCCCACUCCCCGGCACCUUUGUCAUCUCCCUCCACUACAAAGGGCGGAAUCGCGGCCUUCUCGAGCUCGAUCUCAAGCUGGACGAUCUCCUAGAGAUGCAAAAGGAUAACGUAAAGCACCAGUGAGCCGGCCACCCCAGUGAGCCGGCCACUUUUUCUUGGCAUCGCGAACACCAUGUACGAACUACAAUGCUAUCUCAAAAGAAGCCUAACUUAUCGUACAACGAAGGCAGAAUUGAUCUUGCUCUUCAGGC